UUUUGACUUUAACAAAGUAGAAGACACUUUGAAAUCAUGUCUGGCAGAGGAAAAGGAGGCAAAGGACUAGGUAAGGGAGGCGCUAAGCGUCAUCGCAAGGUCCUUCGUGAUAACAUCCAGGGCAUUACCAAGCCUGCAAUUCGUCGUCUGGCUCGCCGUGGUGGUGUGAAGCGUAUAUCCGGCCUCAUCUACGAAGAGACUCGUGGUGUGCUGAAGGUUUUCCUUGAAAAUGUGAUCCGGGAUGCCGUCACGUACACCGAACACGCUAAGAGAAAGACCGUGACCGCCAUGGAUGUGGUCUAUGCUCUGAAGCGUCAGGGCCGCACUCUGUACGGCUUCGGCGGUUAAAGAUUUGAUCACGCAUUCAAACUGAACCAAAAGGCUCUUUUAAGAGCCACCC